AACCUGCAGCGUGUGAUCGAUACCCGGCAACGCACCAAGUUCAAGUUGGCGCAUCGCCAUGGUGACUGUCGCCAAACACCACCGGACUUAGCCCUACCACACCCUUUUUUGCAUAACUGCCUUGAACGCUUAGGUUGGUAGACGACCACAAAUUCCUUUAAUACGUUGUUAGAAGUGGUACAAACAAAAGCAGUACACGAUCAACAAGAUGAGGCUAACAGGUUCUCGGACCUACGUCAGGCCGACGCCUGCACCGAAGAUGCCGACAGGCCUCGUUGAACUAAUGGAAGACCUUACAAGAGACGUUUUGAAGAACAAUCCUACUGAUGUUUACGAAUUCUGUGCUGGGCAUAUGCACAAGUUGCUGGAGAUAAGAGAUGGACCCUCUCUCAAACGACCUUUAACUUUAGAAGAAAAAAUAGCUCGUGCACAAGAAAAAGUUAAAAAGAGGGGUGAGGCACGCUGGAAAAAAUAUCUAAAAGAAAAGAAAAUUAAAACCAACCCUCCGCUACAGCCAGCUCAUGAGAAUAAGGCACGUACAGAAGAAACCAAAAUAAAGUCAGCUUCACCUAAAUCUAUAUUGAAGCCUCCAAUAUAUCCUGACCUAAACACAGAUAAAACCCCAGAAAUAGAAAUAUCUCAUGAACCGGGGGAUGUCUCGUCAAACAACGUUGAAGUGAGUGAAAAAGUACAUACUAAUAAUAUUGUUGAAAAUAAAGAACGCGUUGAUGAUACAGAAAAGACCGGGAUUUUGGAUAUGUCUCAAACGAUUGAUAAAACUUGCAUUGACAAACGCGAUAAAAUACAUGAUAAUGAAAAUGAGGAAUUAAAUCAGCAAUUAAGUGAUACAGAAACCACUGGAGAUUCAGUUAUGCAAACAUCUAUUAAUGAUACUCAAAUCAUGGAAUUAGAUGGCAAACUACAUAACAGUAAAAAUGAUGAGCAAUCCGAUGAGGAGAAUAACACGGAUCCAAAUAAACAUACAUUCACUAAUAAUACAUUUAUUACUGAUAAUACAAUAAAAAAUGUUGAUAAUGGAGAGGUAUUCAAAGAUGAAAAAAAUACCAGAGAUCCAAUUCCGAUUGAAACCGGUCACGAUACUCAAAUCGAAGAACUGGAGGAUUACUUGCAUAACAUUGGAAACGUUGAUAACAAAAAUUUAAUAAAUGAUACAGAAAAGACCGGGAAUCCAGCUAUUCCAAAAUUUGCUCAUGAUAUUCAAAAUUUUAAAGUGGAGAAUAAAACCAAUGGUUUUGAAAGUAGACACAACUUUAACCAUCCUGAAAAGGUCGUGGAUCCAGAUAAUUCUAAAUCUAUUGAAGAUAUUAAUAAUGACAUGCUUGAUGCCAACAAAAUUCAGGUGGUUAAGCUAUCCGAUAUUGUUCAUGAUAAUAGUUCUGUUAAAGACACUGAAAAGUUGGAAGAGCAAAACGAAAGCAAAAUCCCAAUUGAAGAAAUAGAGAUUAAGCUAGACGUAACUAAAAAUGGCUUCGCUGAUAUACCAAACAUUUUGUACAUAAACGAUAAGCAUGUAAAUAAAGAAGACGAUGAAAACUCAAAUCAAGAAAUUACAGCAGAGUUAGAAAUUGAUUCAGAGAAAUCAAAACAAGAGAUAGAAUGCCAUACUUCCAAUUCCAUAGCUGACAUGGGAAGGCUUGUCAAUACAGCUAUUGGGGUCCUUAAUACCAUAAACGAAAGUCCAAGCCAAAAUGCAGCAACAGAGGAUUUGAAUGAUACUGGUCGAAAAUAUGAUUUCAUAGACGAAGAAAAAGAAAAUUUACUAAUGAAGGUUCCAUAUUAUUCUGAAAUAAAAGACACUAAUAAUAAAUCAGCUAUCAAAUUAGAUGCUGAUUCAAAACAUGAAAAAUCCAAAUAUGAUCAAACUGAAAGUUCUAUGAUUGAUAACUCCGUGGAAAAUCUGCAACAAGCUCCUGUUUUUGAACAUUCUGAUAUCGAGGAGACGAAAUGUGAAUAUAUAAUUAAAAAAGAAAAAAGAAGUGUUACCACUGUUCUACCUGUUGAGGAAGGAAACAAUCAAAUUGUAGGAAACAAUGGACCUGUUAAUAUUUCAGAUAAGAUAUUAAAGGAUGAUCUUGAAAUACCAAUACUGCGCGACACUAAACUUAUUAAUGAAAAUAUCUACGAAACUGGUUUGAGUGUAAAAAAAGACCACGAAUUAACAAAUCAAUCUGAUAACUUAUCGCAUGAUAAAGGUAAUAAAUCAAACUGUCUAUGGGAUGGAAAUACGAGAGAUCCAUCCGUUGAUGUAGUAGAUAUAUUUGAAAUUAACAAUGAUUUAGAGGAAACAAAUGAAGGAAAUAUUAUAGAAAUAAGAAUAAGCCAAGUAGCUGAAGCUUUAAAUAAUGAAGUACCUUUAACUCAUACCACUAAUCUAGAAACAUUCGAAUCUGAAUCACCCUCCAUUUCUUUACUGUAUGUUGCAAACAAUCAAGCUGAUAUAGACAAAAAGAUGCCUCAAACUCACACAUUAUCGAAUGACAAAGACACUGAUUUCAUUAUAUCCAAUAUAAUGUUAACAAAUGUGGAUGACAUAAAUACCGCAGACUUUUCAGGUGGGACAAAAUCAAUGAGCAUUGAUGAGAGUACAGAUGGAUUUGAUAAUACCAGUCUGAUAGAAUCAGGCAGUUCUGAUGUGACUGAUGACGCAUUCAUCAAUAAUCUAAACAAUCAUGACAUGGACUUGGAAACAGCUGCGGUCACCAUACAAAAAGUUUUCCGCUCAUUUCUAUUUAAAAGCAGAGCUUCAACAUUUGAUGAUAAUGAUGAGAAUAUAUCAUUGGAUGAAGAUAAUCAGAAAAAGGUUGAACUGGAAUUUCAAACAAAUAUAAAUAAGGAAAGACGAGGUAUAAGUAGAAUGGAUACAGUAUUGCAAACGGUUAACGAAGAAAAAUCAUUGUCUCUAUCUACUGACGAUUCUUCAACUUUAUCAAGCGCAGCUACGACUAUUCAAGCCCAUGUUAGAGGGUUUUUAGUGAGAAAUAAACUGCACUCAAAUAAAACAGCUUCAACAAACUCACUUGCCAAUUCCGACGGCCACGAUGAUGGGGAUAUAGACUCUAAAAAUAAAACGGUGCUCAAUAUUCACAUUGUCCCUGAGGGUGAAGUUUUUCUUAGUAGAGAUGAAAGUAUGGUAACCUCGAUGGAUUUAUCUUUAGAUGGAAGUCCACCUUCUUCACUGAAUUUACAUCCGUUAGGUUACGAUAAAAAUGAACGAAGGAAACUGAAAAGAGAAGAUGCCAUACAAUCUAUUUCACCACCUAGUAAUAAUAGUGGGAAACUAAGUGAAGAUAUGGAUUCCGUAAAAGAUAUGUUAAUCACUGAAAGAGAACAGCACGAAAAUGAUAAGUCUAAAAACGAUAACAUGCACAAUCGCCCGGGUAGUGGUGACAAGUCUCCGACAAAUAGUUUAAAUAUUGUAACUGUCAUCGAAGCUCAUAAGCUAGUUGAUCAAGAAAGUUCAGAAGUAGACACGGUUGCACCUAGUAAGACCACUAAACCUUCUUUGAUAAAACAAAAUUCAGAUGAAAUGGAUGUAGUUACUCCAUUUGAAGAUUCGUUAUCCGAUUCUAGGAGCACAUCAAAGUUAUUACAUUCCAGCGAGUUUCACGACAUUGUCCUGCCCACGAAAGUAUCUCGGAGUGACGCAACUGUCGUCAGUGAAUUCAAGAACGUGCUGGUGUACUUUCUACUUUGGAAUAACUCGUAAUAUCGAAAAGAGCACUAAUAGUCAAGAGCACAAAUUAAAGUAAAGAAAAAUAAAAAGAAUAAUAUCUUUAUUUUUGUUUAUUAUAUUACAUGGUUACGGGUGUCAACCAGAAUCUUAAGAUAGAAAUCAGGCAUAGGCAAAUAUACCUAAAUGCUGUAUUGUAGACAUAUUUAAUUUCUACAAUAGAGCAUAAGAACAGCGCUUGAAUUUUAUAAAAUUCCCUGUAAAAUACCUGUACAUAUUAUAAAAACCCUCGCCGCCUCUGUCUGUUCGCGAUAAACUCAAAAAGAACUUGAAGAAUAUUCAUACAGUUUUCAACAACAAGUAAGGUGAUCCCUGAAGG